UUAAGGGAUCUCAGAUGAACUUAUUCCACAGAAAUUAGGCCGGAAAUAUCUGUGGAUAUGGGCCUCAUAAUGGGCUCAGAGCCCACAGUCCAAUGGGCCGUGACGGCCCAGCCCGUGUUCUGACUUUCAUGCUCGGCUCCUCUACCCAGCCAGCCGCGAGGGCCGAUGCUUCACUCCCCAAUCCUCACAGCACUAGGGUUGGACCACUUCGCCUCGACUCCUGCUCCGAUGCGGCGCCCGAGGCUGCCGACGGCGAGGCCUCCAUCUCUCUCUCUCCUCUCUCGCAUCCUCCAUUGUGAGUUCCACUGUUUCUUGCGGUGUGGCCCCGACGCACGCCGCCUGUUCGACGGAAUGCCUCCGGGGAAAGCCCCACGUCCGAGCGCCAGCGGCGGCGGCGGCGGCGGCGUCGAUAGGAUAGAUCUGCCGGAUGGUGUCGUCCAACACAUCCUCGGUUUCCUCCCGGCGCCGGAGGCCGUGCUCACGUGCGUGCUCGCGCGGCGCUGGCGCCACCUCUGGAAGUCGGUGGCGAGACUGCACAUCACCAACUGGGACAAGGAGGUGACGAUGCAGGAGUUCGGGUACUUCGUGCACCGCCUUCUGCUCCACCGCGGGCGCGGCGCGCCGAUCGACGAGUGCAGGUUCAGUUUGGGCGGGCUGUCCGACUUCGCCGCCGACGCCCGCCGCGUGGACCGCUGGUUCCGCCAUGCCGCGGUGAUGUGCCAGGCCCGUGUGCUGCAGCUGCGACUCGCUCCCAGUGGCGUCCAACUAGCGCUGGAUAACCUGGCCAUCGUCUCCCGGCAUUUGGAGAAGCUACAGCUUACUGGUGUGAAGCUGAUGCACAGUUUCCUUGAUUUCUCGAGCUGUCCGGUGCUGGAGCAUCUUGAUAUAUCCUUCUGUAACCUGGUUGAUGCCAAGAAGAUCUCUUCCCGAUCCUUGAAACACCUCAACAUCUUCCGUUGCAUUUUCAGCCGUACUUUCCACACUCAUAUUUGUGCACCGAAUCUCCUCUCACUUCGUAUGUUUUUUAAUAGGGAGUAACUAUAUUUAUGGCGCCAUAUUUUUCACCAAAAUAUAGUCAGCAUGUAUUUACAUUGUA